GGCCACAUCACGUGGGGGAAGUAAUAUAACCACUUCGAUACAACAAUACCUAUCGUGCUAACCUAACAACAGGCAAUACUUUAACUGACAGUUUUCCAGCAAGUGGACGACUACCUGGUGUCGCACUGACGGGUACCACACAAGAGUAUAUCACACUAGACUAACGAGUCCGACUACAAGCGUUCACUGACAAGAGGAUGUAUAAGGUGAUAGUACUGCACUUUGUGUAUUUUCUUCCUGCAUUAUGAUCGAAAUACACAAGGUCACAUGACAACAGCGCUUUCAUGUCACGUGAAGAAAUCAUGGAUGACGGACACAUUCUAUUUCCCGAUGGGUAUGAUUAAUCGUUACUAUUAAACUGAUCUGUGGGCAUCAAGGAGAUCGACUGUCAUAUGAAACACAUGGUGUCAGUGUGGCCUGGGUACUCUCCCAGCAGGUGGACAUAUCUCCGUGCUGCGUUAUUACUGAGGUGAAGGUCUACAUAUCUCCGUUGAUAUGCCCAGACCCGACAACACCAGCUAUGUGGCCGUCGGGGAGACACAACCGCUGCUUCAGGGCGACAAGAUGGCGACCAAGAAGACCUAUGAGAAGUCACUGGACGAGUUCUCCGCCUCGGAGCAGCUGCCAGGCAAAACCAAAGUGAAGCUUGGCCCCACCAAAGUGUUUGUGGUCACGUCCAUCCUGAUCUGCGAGCUGUGUGAGCGACUGACGUACUACAGCAUCGUGGCCAACCUCAUCCUCUUCUGCACCAGCACCUUGAAGUAUAGUAGCCCGGAUGCAGCGACCAUCAGCCUCGUCUUCUCAGGUGUGGUGUACUUCAUCCCCGUGGCAGGGGGAUACAUCGCCGACGCCAUGGCAGGCCGCUACAACACCAUCCUCGGAGCGGGUCUGAUCUACCUGAUAGGUCUUGUGAUGAUCCCGGCCUCCUCCAUAGACUAUAAAAGCAUGUUCGGCAGGUCGGAGGAUGGGUCGGCCUAUGACAUGACACUGGAGGCGAGACGUGGAUUCUUCCUGGGGGGUCUGGCGUUUGUAGCGAUAGGGACUGGUGGUAUCAAGGCCAAUGUCGGACCCUUCGGGGCCCAGCAGUUGGAGAAGCUCGGAGAAGCUGCCGUGCAGUCCUUCUUUAACUGGUUCUACUGGUUCAUCAAUGCUGGGGCUUUGGUCGCCUACUCGGGGGUGGCCUACCUACAACAGAACUACAGCUGGGCGUGGGGUUUCUCAGUCCCUCUCUUCAGCAUGAUCCUGGCUCUUAUUGUGUUUGUCCUUGCCAGAUCCCACUACGAACACCUGCCUCCAGGGGAGAGCGUGCUGGCCACUGUUUUCAACGUGUGGCGGAAAGGCUGCGGCCAUUUUGACCGGGUGAAGAAAACGAAUGGCGGGACGAUUGAUGACGUGACGGUAGACGGCGCUGUCAGUGUAUUGAGAGUCUUGCCAGUGUAUUUACUCAUGAUCUUCUACUGGGCCAUCUACUCACAGAUGCAGUCAACCUUCUUCUUGCAAGCUGAGAGGAUGAACGUCAAAGUAGGGGACGUCAAAAUCCCCGCCGCCAUGCUGAACAUCUUCAACACCAUCAUCAUCCUGCUGCUCAUCCCCCUCGUGGACCGGCUGAUAUAUCCCCUCUUCGAAAAGAUGGGACGCCCCCUCACACAUCUCCAGCGAAUGGGUGUGGGUCUCCUGCUGGCUGGGGGGUCCGUGGUGGUGGCGGGGGUAGUGGAGAUCUACAGGAAGCAGAGCAUUGCUGACCACGGGGCCAUCGUGCAGGUUCUCGGCCAUGAGAGGUUCAACGCAUCCUCCAUGUCCGUGUUUGUACAGAUUCCAGAGUACGCCUUUGUGGGGGCAAGCGAAGUAUUUGCCAGCAUUACAGGUCUGGAGUUCGCCUUCACACAAGCGCCCCCGUCCAUGCAGGGGCUCCUUACAGGCCUCUUCCUGAUGACCUCCGGGAUAGGCAGCUUCGUCUCGUCAGCCAUUCUCAAAAUUGUUGAAGCAGCCACAACAGCUGAUCCCUGGUUUCCCGACGACAUCAACAACGGAAAGGCGGAGUAUUUGUUCUUCCUGUUGGGCGGCCUCAUGCUCGUCAACUUCUUCGGCUUCCUUCUGGUGGCGCGCUGGUACAAGUACCUGCCUCCCCCCUCUCGUGACGACACAGGCCCCGACCAGGUGGAAGGCGCGGAUAACAACGGAUACACCAUCACCUACGACGAAAAGGACGUCGUAAACACCAAAUUCUGAUAGAUCUUCAAAGGAUGUCAUCGUGGUCUUCUCGAGGGUGGCAACAUCUGAUACGGAUUAUAUUUGCAGAAGUUGCUCUAAUCAGUACUUCCUACACUCGCUCAGGGCCCACCGAUUCAUGUUCCGAGGUCAGAAGCAGAAGCUGUGUUCUCCUUGGCUACCAACGGACUGUACGAAUCGACACACGUUCCUGUCACAGCACCUUAAACUACCUGGUCAAUCCAGGACCUUAGCUACCAGAGGAUUCAGUUCAACCAUAUUUGAAUACGGUGCUAAAUCAUGUAAAAAAGCUCUUGGACUGAAACUGAAUUGUAUGUACUGUUAAACGUGUAACAUUGUCCUUACACUUGGUGAAUUCAAAUAGCUGCUAAGGGCGUUGUGCUCGAACAUGUAGUAUGUAGCGGUAUUGCCAUACUGGCACUAUAUCAUGAACAUAUACGGAACGA